AUGUCGAAUCCCGCAUUCUCACGCGAUCAUGGCCUCGCUGCCCCACGAGACUCAUUAGAGCUCGCCUCGCUCGCUUCCUCCUCGCCGGCGUCUGUCGCCGGGUCGUCGCGAUCCUCUUCCCCCGAGGGAAUCUCGUCCUCACGCAAGCUCUCGCUGGAGGAUGAAGAUCCGCUGGCCGAUGCCCAGGGGGUGUUUACCUCGAAUCUGGCCGCCAACGAAACUAUUCCAUAUCCUCUGCGUUCGAUUUCGGGCGAAACCUCUUUCCGCUAUCGCAAACCCAAGGCGGGGGCCCUGACGACGUUGGAUCGACAAGGGCCGGAUGGGUCACUGGAAAAGAACAAGACAUUGACGUAUCUGAAUGGACUUUCGCUCAUUGUUGGUCUUAUUAUUGGGUCUGGCAUCUUUUCAUCGCCGAGUCAAGUCAAUGCGAAUGCGGGCUCACCAGGUGCGUCGCUUAUUAUUUGGGCGGUGGCUGGUCUGCUGGCCUGGACCGGCGCGGCGAGCUAUGCAGAGCUGGGAGGAGCUAUCCCGCUCAAUGGAGGAUCGCAAGUCUAUCUGGCGAAGAUUUUCGGCGAACUUCCGGGUUUCCUGUUCACCUGGUGUGCGGCGCUGGUGUUGAAACCUGGCUCUGCGGCUAUCAUCUCAAUUAUCUUUGGAGAAUACGUCGUGCGUGCAUUUGUGGGUGCCGAUGUAGAGCAGGUCACCCCGUGGAUUAACAAGGGUGUGGCAGUUGGAGGUCUUCUUGCAGUUACCUUGUUCAACUGCAUCUCUACCAAGAUGGCGACUCGCAUUGGAGAUUUGUUUAUGUUCUUCAAGUUCGUCGCUUUGAUUGGAGUUACGGUCACCGGAAUUGUGGUUGCUGUGACUGGCUACUCGUCGAAGGGCAGUGCGAGUGACGAGUGGAAGAACUCGAGCUGGUUUGCCGGCACGAACACAGAAAUCUCCGACUUUGCUGUGGCAUUAUACGCAGGAUUAUGGGCAUUCGACGGGUGGGACAAUACCAACUACGUCACUGGCGAGUUUAAGAAUCCCAACCGCGACUUGCCGCGUGUGAUUCACACUGCUAUGCCUUUGGUUAUUCUUUGUUAUCUCAUGGCCAAUGUCUCAUAUUUCCUUGUUUUGCCUCACGCGACCAUCGACUCCAGCAACACCAUUGCUGUCCAAUUCGGCGGCAAAGUUUUCGGCCCCGCGGGCGCUAUUAUUCUCGCGCUGGUCGUCGGAGCCAGCUGCUUUGGAGCUCUCAAUGCCACCACCUUCACUAGCGGCCGACUCGUCUACGCGGCCGGCAAAGAAGGGUACCUGCCCUCACUAUUUGGCCGUAUUGGACUCGGCAGCUCGUCUUCCCCAACACCUGCGGCUGGUACUCGUCUGCGCCGUCGCUCCUGGGCUCGCAAGUCCCUCUCUCGUCUGUUUGGCGACGAGUCUCGUCUAGGAUUCACACCCAUUUACGCUAUGGGAUUCAAUGCGGCUCUUACUGCCGUAUACAUUGCCGUCGGCGAGUUCGGUACGUUAGUCACCUUCUACGGUGUAGCCGGCUACACAUUCUACUUCCUCACGGUCCUCGGCUUGAUCGUUCUUCGCAUCCGCGAACCUCACCUGGAGCGUCCCUACAAGACAUGGAUCACCACCCCAAUCAUCUUCUGCUGUGUCAGCCUCUUUCUUCUCAGUCGUGCUGUUAUCGCAGAACCUCUUCAGACCCUCAUUGUGGUCGCCUUUAUCAUUACGGGCGUACCGGUAUAUUACUGGCGCAUCUAUCAGCGCGACGGGGAGACCGGGAUCUCAGGCUGGAAGUUCUGGAAAUGGCGCUCUCGAUGA